AUGGCAAGCUGGGCCACAUAUUUUGCUUUUGAUACAAUCAGCGAAGUGGGUUUCGGGCAAGCUCUAGGGUUCGUGGAAAAGGAAGAGGAUGUGGGUGGAUUGAUUCAAAGUGUACACGAUGGAGUUGAGAUUUUUGGUGUUUUGGCACAUUUAUACCCUUUCGUAGAAAGGUUGACUUCAGGACCACUAAAGUCAUUUUUUACCGCAACGCCAGAUAUGAAGAAUGGCAUGGGUCAGUUGAUGAGAUGGAGGAAUAAGAUCAUUAAUGCUAGGAUUACGGAAAAUGAGGAGGGAAAAGAAAGAGAACGACUCGACCUUUUAGAAUCAUUCUUCGAAGCCAGAACACCCGAAGGCAAACCAUUAAGCAGAACCGAAUUAGAAGCCGAAGUUCUAGUUGUACUAGUCGCUGGAGCCGAUACUACAGGAACAUCAUUUAGCUCCAUUUUAACCGAUAUCCUCUCCUCCCCUAGCGACUACGCUCGAAUGAUGAAAGAAAUAGACACCGGAUUCACAAGUGGAAAUCUCUCGCAACCAAUCCCCAAAGCAGCAGAAGUAUCAAAGCACUGCCCAUUUUACGUAGCAUGCGUCAAAGAAUCCCUACGACUCACUCCAUCCUCCCCAGCACUUUUCCCCCGCGAAGUAACCGCCGAUCAACCUCCUCUAGUAAUCGAUGGCAAAAUCAUACCCGCCGGCACAGAAAUCACUUGUUGUUCCUACAUCACAAACAGAGAUAAAGAAAUCUACGGCGAAGACGCCGAUAUUUUUCGACCAGAACGAUGGCUUGAAGACGAAGAAAAAACAAAAUUGUUCGAAAAGUAUAAUUUUACUUGGGGAUAUGGAUCGAGGUUCUUCCGCAAUUUCAACUUCAAAUUAUGCGCACCGAGUAAAGAAACUCCUGGUCCUCCUAGACGUGUUAUUCUGGGUGGUUUAUUUCAUUGGGAGGAUAUAUGGCUUAGUUUGCAGAAACGGAAGGUUUGA